AUGUCGAGCAACGAGAGCAGCCGUAGGAGCAACGUGGUAUUCAAAAGGAACGAAAGGUUGCCUUGCAACUGUGGAUGGGAAGUCAGAUUCGGUUACGGUGUCGCGGUCACGCUGGCCAUCUUCGAGGCUAAACGAUUCUUCAUGCUGAUCCUGGAGAUAUUCGCCGAAUGGCAGAUCAUUCGGUUCGCGGGCGGUUUACGACCGGUGAUAUUCACACUGAUGAACAUCAGCUUGGGUCUGCCGACUGCUCUGAUUACUGUGCGCAGCAUACGCGCACGAAAGGUGCCACGUUGCUGCGUGGAGACCCGUCGAGCGUUAAAGUGCCUGCUGAUAGCAAUAACGAUCUGCGCGAUAGCGAACGCGGCCACACUGGCCUCGAUAGGAUACCACAUAAGCGUCCGACAGGAGACGUUGAUCGGGAUAUUCAACGAUUCGAUGCGGCUGUACGUGAGCGCCACGUCGUACAAGUACGCGAUCGACGAGAUACAGUUCGUCUUCCAGUGUUGCGGUCACACCUCCUACGCGGACUGGUUCCGCUUUGACUGGCAGGGGGUGGACUACGCGUCGCGGGAAGAAAUGGCGGUGCAGAAUCGUAUAUCCGACGAGGAAUACAGGGAUCGAGGUGUACCGUUCAGCUGUUGCAGCUUGAGGGCGUUGGCUCCUUGCGAGCACACAGAGAUUCACCGGGCGGACGUGAAGACCAUCAAUGCGAACGGCUGCGCGGAAAUCAUUAGUCCUGUUAUCCUAAGGAUCGUCAUUGUCGCCUAUGUGAUGACCAGCACGCUGGUGAUCAUUCAGAUCUUCUUGGCGUUUUUGAUCACGAAGUUACUUAUUAUUAUAGCUAACGUUAAAGACAUGCUAACAGUAUUUCGCAAAAUGCCAUUUGCAUUAUCGAAAUUUAUCGUUAUGUGUAUAAUUUAUUGA